CCUGUGGCUCAAUCAAUGCUGAGGGUGACGUCAUGGUCGUUGUUUGAAUGUCGGGAGCUCGCGCUGGUGGAGGCCGCGCGCUCAGCUGGGAGACAAAAACUUGUACAAAUUUCCAAGCCUAAGGUCGUCGACAGCCUUCGGUACAUCGAUUCACAGGAAUAUCAUCUCCCAUCCCCCUUCCCCCUCUGCUGGAGCAUGGCUCAGGAGACCAAUCAGACACAGGUGCCAAUGCUUUGCACUAUGGGAUGUGGUUUCUAUGGCAACCCACGCACCAAUGGUAUGUGCUCAGUUUGCUACAAGGAACACCUGCAGAGACAACAGGGAGGAGGCCGGUCCAGCCCCCCAGGUGAAAAAGCCGCUACAUCACCCACAGGAUCGCCAGGAACAGCUGGUGUGAACGUGGAGAGUACAUCCUCAGAGCCCAGCACAGAGACAGAGCCCGCCGCAGGAACCCCCCCUGAGGAACAGACCAGCAGUCCUAGUUCUCCCAGCCCUGUGACUCAGCAGAUGACUGCCAUGAGUAUUUCCCAAGAGCCAGCACCGGUGGACUCGGACAGAGCAGAAGCUGAGGAGGGAGAAGAAGAGAGUACGUCCAGCAACACAGAACAAGUUGGAGAUACGGCACAGGCGUCUUCAGAUGGUGAACAAACGCCUGAUAAAAACAAGAAAAAGAACCGAUGCUUUUCCUGCCGGAAGAAAGUUGGUCUCACUGGUUUUGACUGUCGCUGUGGCAACCUGUUCUGUGCCAUCCACCGUUAUUCUGACAAACAUGACUGUCCCUAUGAUUACCGGAGUGCAGCAGCCGCGCGCAUACGCAAGGAGAACCCCAUUGUGGUGGCUGAGAAGAUACAGAAGUUAUGAGGUCUGACUUUGUGAAUUUGAACAAUGGCGACUUCGAUGAAAACACCUGAUAUCAUGGCUUCAUUUGUUCAUGGUAGUGCAAGGGGCUGGGUGGGGCACCCACCUUACUGGUAUCUCCCCUUUCUUCAAAAGUUGUUUGCGGCUGAAUCAAGUUGAGUGCAAGUGUGAAUGAAAGUGUGUGUGUGCUUUUUGCUUGUGUGAAUGGGGAGAUCAGUAGGGAUUUGGUGGACAUUGCUGUUGCUGUGAGGAGGAAGCUACGGCAUUUAAUUUUAAACUUUUUUUCUCUCUUACCUUUGCAGCAAUCAUGAGGGUUUAUUUUUAUUCAACCCUGUAAUAUAGUUACACAUUUGGGUAAAGUUAAAGGUCGAUUUGAAUGCACCUAUAAAAUAUCUAACUGGGGAUGUAUUGGUGUGACCUAAGGGCUGAGGAAUAUCCUCCCGGGCCGAAGAUGUCAACUUGUUUAAUUUAAUUUUAUUUUUAUUUUUUUUUUGCACCUUCCUAAUACUUUAUUCUCUGGGUCAUGACACUUUGAACUCUUCAGUAAUAUUUCUCUUUGAUAUAUCAACUCAUCAUACUGAUAUUGGGUGCAUGAAAAGUUAUUGGAGGGAAGAGGUUGGGUUAUUGGGAACUGAACCUUGACUUAUACAGCGUGAAUGAAAUUUGUGUUUUUUCCCUAUUUUAAUGAGCGUAUGACAUCAAAAGAUCUAUAUUAAUAUAUUGUAGUUAGCUUGAAAUGUGUGACUGCUUUCUAUUUAUUUUUAUCAUUUGGUUGAUCUGUGCUGGAGGAUUGGCAGCAUGUGUCAGCAAAUCUAAGAUUUGUGCUCAAUCGUUUCAAGUAUAUUUAAUUGCAUUGAUUAUACAACCAUUAAAACACAUUAUCUUUCACACUCAA